AUGGCUUCCACACCAUCUCAACCCCCUCCCACCACCGCCCUUCCGGCGCAAUCUGACCCCGCCGCCUUCGCACACAUCCAGAAUUACAUCGACACCCGCUGCAACGCCUCCCCCAUCUACGCCUUUCUCUUCAACCCCGGUCUUACACUCACUCAUGUCUCAAAGGGCCUGGUUGUCGCCCGUCUGCCUCUGUCCGCGAACCACCUCAACUCUUCCGGAAGCAUCCACGGCAGCGUGUCCGCUACCAUCGUGGACUGGGCUGGCGGCCUGGCCAUUGCCGCCUGGGACCUGCGAGAGGCUACUGGCGUGAGCGUCGACAUCAACAUCAGCUACCUCUCCGGUGCCAAGUUGGGCGAUGAGAUCGAGAUUGAGGGCAGAGUCGAGAAGGUCGGCGGCAGCUUGGCGUUCACUCACGUCAACAUUUACAAGGUCGCCGCUGAUGGGUCAAGGGGAGCGACAGUGGCGAAUGGAAGACACACCAAGUUUGUGAGGAGCAGGUAA